AUGGUGGUUGGCAAGAACAAGCGCCUUACAAAAGGUGGCAAAAAAGGAGCCAAGAAGAAAGUGGUUGAUCCAUUUUCUAAGAAAGAUUGGUAUGACGUGAAAGCACCAGCAAUGUUUAAUAUAAGAAAUAUUGGGAAAACACUAGUUACAAGGACUCAAGGAACCAAAAUUGUAUCUGAUGGCCUUAAGGGUCGUGUUUUUGAAGUGAGCCUUGCUGAUCUGCAGAAUGAUGAAGUUGCAUUUAGAAAAUUCACACUAAUUACUGAGGAUGCACAGGGCAAAAACUGCCUAACCAAAUUCCAUGGCAUGGAUCUUACCUGUGACAAAAUGUGUCCCAUGGUCAAAAAAUGGCAGACCAUGACUGAAGCUCAUGUUGAUGUUGAAACUACUGAUGGUUAUUUGCUUCGUCUGUCCUGUGUUGGUUUUACCAAAAAACGCAACAAUCAGAUUCGGAAGACCUCUUAUGCUUAG